CUCUUUUCUGAUCGUUUGGUAGGACUAUAGGAAACAUUUAUAGGUAUCACCUGUGCAUAUGUUUUGAGUUUGAAAUAAUGGACCUGUUCUCCACUUGUUGAUCGUCCUGCGCAUACGUAGCUUCCCCGCAUUACCUUACGCUCUGGAGCUCCCCUGACCUGAGACACUGGAGCUACUACAUAACAUCAACAUCCCCCAACAACCUCACGAAGCUGUGCUUCUCAACCACAACACAACACAAUUCAUUCAUAAGAAAUACCACGCAAUCAUGGGAGGUGAAACUUUCGAAAUCAUAAAUCAUAAAAGCACCUAUCCAAAAUUGUCUGCACAUCCCGUCGGACAAUGGAUUCCAGGCAUCUACAAGGAUAGGAUUGCCAUGUUCACUGGUGGAGGACAAUAUGAAUCAAAGAAUCUGCGGGCGUAAGUGCUUUUAUUUAGGGAUAGUACUCGUGGAGAUACUAAUUUUUCGAGAUAGAAUGCUUUCCGAAGGCUCUGCCUCCGGAAAUCCACACGUCAAGCUCUCUGUAUGGGAUGCUCCUGACUUAUCCAGACCGACUUUCGAUGAUGCCACGAAACACAAAUUCAAACCAGCGGCUGUGGGUGACUGGUUCGGUCCAUCAUGGUCAACGCAUUGGUUCAAAGUCCAGAUCACAGUUCCAAAAGAGCUCUUAAAGAAAGACCUCCUCGAAUUCCACUGGGAUGCGAAUAACGAGGGAAUGGUAUGGACCGAGGAUGGCAAACCACUUCAAGGAUUGACUGGUGGAGGAGAAAGAGUGGAAUGGAUUCUGCCGGAGAAAUUCAGAGACGGAAAAGAGCACAUAAUAUAUAUCGAGAUGGCAUGUAACGGAAUGUUCGGAAAUGCGCCAGGCGGAGAUUCCAUCCAACCACCAGACCCAAACAAAUACUUCCAAUUGAGCAAAGCGGAAAUUGUUGCCGUCAAUAUCGAGGCACGGCACCUCUACAUUGAUAUGUGGGAAAUUGGCGAUGCCGCGAGGGAAUUUCCAUCAGAUUCAUGGGAACAGCACAAAGCUUUGAAGGUUGCCAAUCAGAUAGUUGAUGCUUUUGAAUUGGGUAGUCAAGAUUCAAUCCUCAGGGGUCGUAAAAUCGCCCAGGGUUAUCUAGGCAAAAACGCCAGCUCAGCAGAGGUAUACAAGUCUGGAACUGAACCUAUUGUUUACGGCAUUGGUCACUGUCACAUUGACACUUGUUGGCUUUGGCCAUGGGCUGAAACGAAGAGAAAGGUAGCCAGGUCUUGGUCAAAUCAGUGCGAUUUGAUGGACAGGUAUCCUGAGCAUCGCUUUACUUGUUCCCAGGCACAACAGUACAAGUGGCUCAAACAGUAUUAUCCCUACGUAUUUGAUCGCGUCAAGGAUAAGAUCAGAAAGGGAACUUUCCAGCCAGUUGGAGGUAGUUGGGUUGAGCACGAUACGAAUAUGCCAAGUGGAGAAUCUCUUGUUCGCCAGUUUGUGUACGGUCAGCGAUUUUUCGAAAGCAAUUUUGGAGAGCGUUGCAAAACAUUCUGGCUACCAGAUACUUUUGGUUAUUCAAGUCAACUGCCACAGUUGUGUCGAUUGGCUGGUAUGACCAGAUUCUUCACACAAAAGUUGAGUUGGAACAACAUCAACAAAUUCCCUCAUACCACCUUCAAUUGGGUGUCUCUUGAUGGAAGUCAAGUCAUUUGCCACAUGGCUCCUGCUGAGACCUACACUGCGGAGGCCAAUUUUGGCGAUGUCAAACGAUCAGUCACUCAGCACAAAUCCAUGGAUCAAGAUGAAACUUCUCUUCUCGUCUUUGGAAAGGGUGACGGCGGUGGAGGGCCAACCUGGGAACAUUUGGAGAAACUCCGACGUUGCCGCGGAAUGUCUGAUACGAUCGGUCUCCUACCCAGAGUUCACAUGGGAGAAGGUGUUGAAGACUUCUUUGAUCGACUCGAGAAGAGGGUAUCUGAAGGUCUCGAUUUUGUCACCUGGUAUGGAGAGCUAUACUUUGAGCUGCAUCGAGGCACAUAUACUACUCAAGCCAACAACAAAAAGAACAAUAGAUUCUCUGAGAUCAUGCUUCGAGAUAUUGAGCAAUUGGCUACUUUUGCGAGCAUCAAGCCCGGGUUCAAAUAUCCAAAAGAAGACAUAGACGAUAUGUGGGAGGCUGUUUUACUCUGCCAGUUUCACGAUUGUCUACCUGGUAGCUCAAUUGAAAUGUGUUACGAUGACAGUGAUGAGGUAAGUUGCACCUACACGUUAUGGAAGUAGAAUACUAACACCAAUUAAGCUUUAUGCCAAGGUGUUCAAGACGGGACAGAAGAUAUUGAAAGAGCUACAAUACUCAUUGGGUAUCCAGGCUGUCUUGAAUCCAAAGACCAAGGAAAACCUUGUUGCUUUGAACACCUUACCUUGGCAUCGAAGAGAACUGAUUUCGAUCGGAGAGAACCAAGCUGGUGUUGCUUGUGGAGAAGGAAAUCUGCUCAACAUCAAAAUUUUCAAGAUUACGGAAACACCUGAGGUUACUGUCAAGGAAACCAAGAAAGGUGUUUUUGUCCUUCAAAACGAUCAACUUCGUGUCGUCGUCGAGGAGGGAUAUAUCAGCUCCAUCUAUGAUUUCAUUGCCGAAAGAGAAGUCAUUGCCAAGGGUGGCAAGGCUAAUCAACUUGUUAUCUUUGAUGAUAAGCCGUUGUAUUGGCAAGCUUGGGACGUCGAAGUUUAUCACUUGGAUUCCAGAAAAGAGCUUUCUCCAGGCACUACCAAGAUUGUCCAGAGUGAUGCUCAUAAAGUCAGUGUUAUGACUGAAACCAAGAUUAGCGAAGACAGUUGGAUCAAAACAUACAUCAGCUUGUCAGCCGCUUUCAAGGGCCAACAGUCUUAUGUUGAGAUGCAUGCAGAAGUCGAAUGGCACGAAAGCAUGAAGUUUCUCAAGGUCGAGUUUCCAGUUGACGUUAGGAACACUGAAGCCUCCUACGAGACCCAAUUUGGAAUUGUUCGAAGGCCAACUCAUUACAAUACCACGUAAGUUCUCCGCCAUGAUGAUUGAGCAUGUUUACUAAUAUAGAGCAGCUGGGAUAUGGCCAAAUUCGAAGUUUGUUGCCACAAGUUUGCCGAUCUUUCUGAGCAUGGUUAUGGUGUAUCAAUCCUCAAUGACAGCAAGUAUGGUUUUGCUACCUGUGGUAAUCUUAUGCGUUUGUCGCUCCUUCGAGCUCCUAAGGCACCUGACGCUCAUGCUGAUAUGGGCCGACAUACCAUUCGUUGGGCCAUCCUUCCUCAUCAAGGAGAUCUUGGAUCUACCACUGUUCGUACCGCAUAUAAUUUCAACAACCCGCUGAAACUCGCUCAAUCGCCAGAGCCUCUCAAGCCAAGUGCAUUUAGCAAUCCCAUCAAACUAACUGGUAAUCCUUCUUUGAUCCUUGAUACUAUCAAGAGGGGCGAAGACGAUUCCGACGUUUCCCGAGGAGAAUUCUCCAAGAGGAAAGGAAAGAGCGUCAUCUUGCGCAUUUACGACAGUCUUGGAGGAACAAGCAAGGGAAGAAUUGAAACGACCUUGGAUGUGAAGAAAGUUUGGAAGACCAAUAUUUUGGAGGAUGAUGAGGAAGAAUUGGAAAUUGAAUCUGGCAAAGUGGAUAUCACUCUCCGACCAUUUGAAGUUGCUACUUUCAGACUGCAAUUGUGAAUGCUGGAAUUGGAAAUUGGUUGAUGGAUUAUGGAUUAUGGAUUAUGAAAGGAUACGAGUUUUUAGGAAGAGGAUGAGAAAAGUAUGGCAUUAUGAGGAAAUGAAAAUUGGUAGGAGCGACUUUUAUUGAUUGGAGUAUUGUUCAUAUGGUUUUGCGGCACAGUUGAGGCACAGAAUGUUAAAAAUUGUGAUCUGUAGCGUGAUGCUACAAGGGUUGGACUUCGCCCCGCAUCAUUAUGAAUUGGAUGCCGCAUUUGUUAGUUGGUGCCGCUGGACCGGAGGGUUCAGUGGAUAACGAUGGACCGUGAAUUUACCGGUAUUCCUACUCCAUGAAUGCGAGGUUCUAGGUAGUAAUUGAUUUUAUUACGAGUACGAAUCGGCAUGCAUGGCUUCUACAGGCUGACUGUUGUAUUGUAGAAGCCUAUGAUGUGGUAGAAGUGGG